UUUGAGAAAAUGGCCAACUCUUCUUUUCAAUCCCCAAUAGCCAAAAAGCUAGAAGGCAAGGUAGCAAUUAUAACUGGUGGAGCUAGUGGCAUAGGAGCAGCCACAGCUAGACUUUUUGUUCAACAUGGUGCAAAAGUGAUAAUUGCAGAUAUUCAAAAUGAUCUCGGAAAUUCAUUAGUAAAACAAAUUGGUACAGAGCAAACAAUUAUCUAUGUCCAUUGUAAUGUCUCGAUUGAAUCUGACGUUAAAAAUGUUGUUGAUGCAACAAUUGCUAAAUUUGGUAAGCUCGACAUAAUGUUUUGUAACGCUGGUGUAUUAGGCAAGCCAAUUUCAAGCAUUCUAGAUGUAGAUUACGAUAUAAUUAAGAACGUGUUUGAUGUAAACGUUGUUGGCGCAUUCUUUUGCGCGAAACACGCUGCUAGAGUGAUGAUUCCAAAUAAGAAAGGUGUCAUUCUUUUCACGACAAGUGUAACAACCGUGGUCGCUAGUAGCAGUACCCCGCACACCUGUACGUCAUCAAAGAGUGCAGUUUUGGGACUUUCAAAGAAUGUUGGAGUCGAAUUAGGGAAAUACGGAAUAAGAGUUAAUUGUGUUUCUCCUUAUGCAAUUAGCACACCAUUUAUAUAUGGUAAAUGGAUUUGGAAUAGACAAACAAAAGGCAGACAAAUGGUUUAUGGAAGCAGGAAAUUUGAAAGGAGCUUUAUUAGAUGAACAAGAUGUAGCAAAUGGAGUGUUGUAUUUGGCAAGUGAUGAUUCCAAA